GAGAGCUCAGCGGGACUGCAGGGUCUCUUUUGCAGGAGAGAGGUUGAAGGGGAGAGGGAGAAGAUCUGGGGGAUGUCCAAGGUCUCCUACCAUGCAAGACCUGAAGAAGAAUUGAAGCCACCUGGAUACAGGUUAGAAAGCGAAGGCCCUGUAUGUAAUAAAGAGUGCCACCAUCUGUAACCCAAGCUGUAAUGCCCACUCUCACCAGUGCCACUGUCUCCUCCUCAUAAUCUCUCCCUGUGCAGAGAAUAGUGAGAAACAGGUGAAGUGCUUGGGUUCCCAUCUUGCAUUCCCCACGCUUACAACUUUAUUCCCCCACUGUGACCGGGACUUCUGCUGGGACACAGCUCUACCCCUGACUGCAGGGAAAGGCAACACGGACUCCCUACCCCGAGGGUUCAAACAUCAUCACCCCAAACAGCAGUUUUAUACAAAGAAUUCACCAUGCAUCGUGCCUAUGGGAGGAGGAACCUGGCCCGGAAUGAAGAGGAAGCCCCUGUCUCCCCAACUCAAACGUUUAGGUCUCCACCAAGCCCAGGCAUUCCCCCAAAACACCCCAAGUUGGCGGCUGAACCUGGGCAGCCCUCUCCCCCUCAGUUUGUCCGGAAGCUGAAAAAUGCUGCUAUAGGCACAGGCUGUGACAUCUGCCUAAAGGUGGCAGUGGCAGGGCACCCGCUGCCAACCCUAAACUGGUACAAGAACCAGGAACGCAUCCAACCCGGAGGAGAGGAAUAUGGGACACUAUGCAUCAGGGACAGCAGGAUGGAAGAUGCUGGAGUGUACACCUGCGUGGCCCAGAAUCCCCUGGGGGAGGCUAUUACCUCUGCUGUGCUGGCAAUCAUUGAAUUAGAAGACUCAGAACCAGGGGAAGAAGAUGCAGGGGGCCCCCAAUUACAACGCACAAUUCGGGCACCCAACAAUACGCCUCUGGGAACCCCUUCAGGGGAUUCAGAUACGCUGCUGGCGAGCUCCCUGCACACCACGCCCAGCACGCUGACUGCACUCUCUCAAACAGACGAGCUCUCCGAUUGGUCAGGCAGCCAACAGACAGUACUAGAAAGGGACCCAAGGAAUGCAAGGCAAGGCUUCACUCAGGGAGGAGGGGCUCGCCAUCUGGGGGUGGAGCCCCUCAUUCCAGCUUCCAGCAACGAGUUCCCGGGCAGUGUCUGGGGGUCAGAGGUCAGCCUUUCUGGGUUCAGUGAUCUGUAUAGCAGCGCCUUCAGCCUGUACCGAGGCAGAUCUUGUGCCAUCCGGGUGUUCCUUCCGGAAGGGGGUCUGCGGAGGGGUAGCAUCAAUGGUUCUGUAACAGACUCCCCACGAAACUUUGUCAAUCCUAGGCCGCCUAUCAUACCACCACCCUCUCCGCGCAUUGGCCAGCGUCCAGCUGUCAUUCCUGCAGGCCGUGGACCCCCCACCCCUGUUACACCUAGAAAGAAAACCACAAUGCCCAACCAGUACCAGGACACAGUGACUGAGGAGUUAGAAGAGAAGAUUAAGAAGCCAAAGUCCUCUGUUGGCUCUCAGGCUAGUGGCCAAGAUUCUCGCCCUGUAACUCCACUAAGUGAGACAUCAGGGCGGGUGUCUAUCCUUAGGGCAUCCCCAAAGCUAGUCCGCUCAGGCUCUAAGAUCUUUGAAAAGCUUAGGUGUCUCGAAGAGAGGAGAAAAAGUCUGGACCAGACAGACAGCCCCUUUCCAGUGCACUCAUGGUUGCCUCUCCGUAAGGCACGAUCCUUUGAUCAGCCGGGGGCUGAGGGGCUUGGUGCUGGUCUAGGUUCCUCAAACGAAGAGCUAAGGGAUGAUCUUAGAGACGGGGUAAGAUCAGAAAUAGGUGGGUUUACUCUGAGGUACCCCUCUCUGAGACACAAGACUACCUCACUGGAUGACAGGGGAGCUCUCUAUGGACGAAUAAGUGACAUUGAGACCCGCUUCUCACAAGAGCUGACUCGCAUCAAAAGAACUGUGUCCCAGCAACAGCUAGUCCGUUCCUCACAGGAUCUAUCUGGAAGAUCACCGUCACCCCAAAGAUCCCUAGCUGCCCAGCCUGCUCCUGUGGACCCUAAGCUAACCAAAGUGUCAACGGCUCCAAAGCCUUCUGAAACAGAAGAGAAGCAGCCAGCAAGGAAGCCACUAGUCAGAAGCUUUGCCACCGUCAACCAACUGUCAGAAAUUAAGGAACCUCUGGGGUUUUCAAGCCAACCCCCUACACUGCCAUCAAAAUCAUCCAAUGGUUCUGCAGUAUAUCAGGAUGCAGUGAGGCACUCGGAAACAAAUAUGAAAUCACAACCACACCUUACAGGAAAAAUCAUUGCACCAAAAACUGUUUCCCCACAAGUAUUUAAAGCUAUGACUCUCCCCGCACAAUCCCAAAAAGAGGCAGUCGGCGACACACAGCCGAAGAGAGUUCCUGAUGUUGGUAGCGUGCCUCCGCCACCCAGCACACAUGCCCCGGCAGCCCUAGAGAUAGCUCAGAGGGGACUUGUUAAAGAGAAGGGGACUGUAAGUGAAGAGAAGAAGUAUCUACCCUGGGCACUUCCUGUAGGAGACAAUAACAACAGCCAAAUGCCACAGGGUAAGGGUGGGGGACAGGCCAAAAAGCACAGCGAUGCACACACCAGCAGCAAAAGCAACAAAAGCGGCAGAAGCAAAGGGAAGAGUCGCCGAAGCAGGCCAUUGUCACCAGAACUUGAGUCAUCGGAUGAUUCCUACGUAUCGGCGGGAGAGGAUCCAGCAGAGGCGCCUGUGUUUGAGAUUCCUUUGCAAAGUGCACUAGUAAACGCCGGCACUGAGGUCUUACUGAAAUGUAUUAUAUCUGGAAACCCAAGUCCAGAAGUGUUUUGGAGAAAGGAUCACGUGUUGCUGAAAAACAGUCCGACCCAUCAAAUACGAGUAGAGGGCGAGAGACACACGUUGCUACUGCGCUGGGCACUGCCCUCAGACUCGGGUAUCUAUACAGUGACUGCGCGGAAUGAAGUUGGGGAAGCCAGCAGCUGCGGUGCCCUCACUGUAAAACCAGCACCUACCAAAGAGUCGCCGGCACAUCGGGGAACACCUCGUGACCUGCUCAGCCCAAUAACAUCGGAUGAAGAGUAUCUAAGCCCCCAGGAAGAUUUAAGUGAGCCUACCACCCCCCAACAUAAGAUGGCAGGCAAAGGCCCCGCAUUCAAAGCUCCACCCACUUUCAAGAUGCCUCUUUUGGACCAGAAAGGGUUUGAAGGCCAAGAGAUUGUUCUCAGCGUUCAGGUGGAAGGGGAACCCAAGCCUAUUAUCAACUGGCUGAAGAACAAGCAGCAGGUGAAGCCUGGUGGAAGGUUCCGCAUAUCAGAAGGUGCUUGGGGGAUCUUCUCGCUACAUAUUGCCGGGGCUGAUAAACGAGAUUCCGGAUUCUACACCUGUAAAGCAAUAAAUGAGUAUGGGACAAAGCAAUGUGAAGCCAAGAUAGAGGUUCUAGCACCCCCUGGCAGUACCAGCUUGGAGGUUCUGGCCCCCUUGCAGGAUGUGAGUGUGUGCGCUGGGGAGGCAGCGGUGUUUGAAUGCGUGGUGUCGGGCCCCGCCGAUAUGGACGUGGACUGGAUGUUCCGGGGCAAGCUGCUCCAGCCAGCACUGCUGGACUGUAAGAUGCGUUUCAACGGAAAGCAGUGUGUGCUGCUGCUGAAUUCAGUCCAUGAAGAUGACAGUGGGGUCUACACCUGCAAACUGAGCACUGCAAGAGAUGAGCUGACCUGUAGCGCUAUGCUAACUGUGCACCCAUCGCUGGCGCCUCUCUUCACUCGCAAGUUGUCAGAUCGAGAUGUUAUAGAGGGACGCACAGCUCGGCUGGACUGUAAAAUCAGUGGCACCCCGCCCCCUGUUGUCACGUGGACUCAUUUUGGACAGCCCAUAGAGGAAAGUGAGAACAUCCACGUUUUGAGAGAAGGUGGACAUCACACCUUACUGAUACCCCACGUGGCGAAUGAGGACGAGGGUCAGUACACAGCGACUGCCCAUAACAAGCAUGGGGAGGCCGAAUGCUCUGCUGAACUCUACGUGGAGGAGCCUCGUUCUGCUACAGCAUCUCAUAUCUCCAAGCUGGAGAAGAUGCCAUCUAUUCCAGAAGAGCCAGAGAUGCAGGAGUGUGAGGUAGAGGGUGUGAUGAUGCCGGAUUUCCUGCGACCUCUGCAGGACAUUGACGUGGUGGAAUUUCGGGAGGUACAACUUGAGUGUCAGGUAACCGGUCUGCCGUACCCUACCAUCACCUGGUAUCACAAUGGUCAGAAGAUCCAGAGCUCUGAUGAUCGCAGAAUGACUCAAUAUAAAGACAUCCACCGCCUGGUUUUCCCCUCUGUUACUCAUUCUCAUGCCGGAGUCUAUAAAAGUGUCAUCUCAAACAAAGUGGGGAAAGCAGCCUGCUAUGCGCACCUGUAUGUCACAGAUUUGGUACCCACUCCUCCAGAUGGUCCCCCCAUCAUUACCUCUGUAACUGGGAGAAUUGUGAAGCUCCAGUGGAAGCCACCCAAGAGAUUGGACCCAGCCAUUGAUCUGGCUCAGAUUACAUACUCAGUCCAGCAGCAAGCGGUGGGAUCUCCCCAAUGGACAGUCAUCACCACCAACCUAAAAGACACUUGUUAUUGUGUCAGAUCUCUGACCAAGGAACAUCAGUAUCUUUUCCGUGUGACCACAAACACCCCAACUUCUCACAGUAAACCUUCCCCUCCCAGUGAAAGCGUUUGUCUCUUUAAUAGAGGUCCCUACCUGGAGGAGAUGCCUUCUAUACUGGAUCGGCCUGAAAUCUUGUAUAUGGUGGAAAAUCAGCCUCUUUGCAUAACCGUGACACUGAACCACGUACAUGCCAAAGUCACGUGGCAGAGAAUAGACACCGUUCUGAGCAAUGUCGAGGGUGUGUAUGAGCUGAGUAUGCCGGAUGACGACCAGCACUCGCUCACGUUGUUCAGCCCAAGGAAGUCUGACCUGGGGCAGCUGACAUUUGAGGCUAAAAACCGCUACGGAUCAGAUAGCUGCACUAUUUCCAUCGAGCUCGCAGAGGCUCCUCGCUUUGAGUCCAUCAUGGAAGACAUAGAGAUCGGUGUUGGUGAAACAGCUCGUUUUGUGGUCGUGGUGGAAGGGAAGCCUAUUCCAGACAUCAUGUGGUACAAAGAUGGGGUACUUUUGGCAGAGAGCGGUCACUUCAGCUUUGUGUAUGAUGAUACCGAGUGCUCUCUGGUGAUCUUAAACACGGCACUUGGUGACUCCGGUGUGUACACCUGCACGGCACGGAACCUUUCAGGGGAAAUUUCCUGCAAAGCGGAGCUGCAAGUGUGCCCAGAUGAACCAGGGGCAGGAUCUGCAAUACAGGAAAUAGAUAUACUCAAAGUUCGUAGAUUGACUGAUUUCUACAACAUCCAUAAAGAAAUUGGCAGAGGGGCCUUCUCCUAUGUCCGACAUGUGGUAGAAAAGAGCAACGGGCGAGAUCUUGCUGCUAAAUUCAUACCGUUCCGUGGGGCAACCAGGGAGAGUGCACGGAGGGAGCGGGACAUACUGUCCAAGCUCAGACACGACAGGAUCAUCUUCUUCUACGAUGCAUUUGAGAAAAGAAGUGCUCUAAUCAUUGUCAUGGAACUCUGUUCUCAAGAGGAGCUCCUAGAGAGGUUGACAAGAAAGCCUACAGUGAGCGAAUCAGAGAUCCGCUCGUUUAUACGGCAAAUCCUAGAAGGGUUAGAUUAUUUGCACCAUAAAAACAUUCUGCAUUUGGACAUAAAGCCAGAGAACAUCCUGAUGGCCGAUACGACUAGUGAACAGAUUCGCAUUUGUGACUUUGGAAACGCUCAGGAACUAACCCCGGGGGAUCCUCAGUACUGCAAAUACGGAACCCCGGAAUUUGUGGCGCCCGAAAUUGUGAACCAGAUGCCAAUUUCUACAGUAACGGACAUAUGGCCAGUUGGAGUCCUGGCAUAUUUAUGCCUUACCGGAGUGUCGCCCUUUGUUGGGGAGAAUGAUUACACCACUCUGAUGAAUAUCCGGGGUUACACUGUGGCAUUUGAAGAGAAGAUGUUUGUUGGUCUCACACGAGAAGCACGUGGUUUCCUAAUCAAAGUCUUGGGCAAUGAGAAGCUGAGGCCUAAUGCUGAAGAGAGUUUGGAGCACCCCUGGUUCAAAACUUUAGCGAAAGGGAAAAGCAUCAGCACAGACCAUCUGAAGCUGUUCCAGUCUCGCCGUAAAUGGCAGCGCUCACUUAUCAGCUAUAAGUCCAAUAUGGUGAUGAGAACCAUUCCAGAGCUGCUUCAGGACACAAGCAAUCACUUGUCCAUUGCUGUACCCAAGAAUUCCAAGGAAGCAUCCGGAUUGUCAUCCUCCUCUGAUUCUGAUGACCUGGAAGAGCUUCCCUUUGUCCCUAUGCCUCUCCAGGUCCAAUUCUCUGGAUCACGCAUGUCCUUGAAUGAGAUCCCAACAGAUGAGGAACAACUGUCUCAGCCCCAGGACAAUGGCAGCUGUAGAGAAGAUGAGGAAGAAGGAAGUCAGGCAGUGGAAAUUAGUAGCACAUUUAAAGAACAAGCAGUUCAGCAGAAAGAAGCAACAGUCCAAGCAAGUCCAUUGUCCAAGCAUGCCAAAGGAACCCUUACAAGGAACAGGUCUGCUGAAGUUGGUUCUUCUUCUGAUGAGGAAACUUCAGAAACUGAAAAAAGAGAGCAUCCUCGUAGGCCUCUGAAAAAAGGUUCCAGCUUAGAAUCUGCCGACGUUCCUGAUGGGGAAAUUAAAGCAGCUCGUAGAGGAGAGCUGAGGAGGGGAAGCUCUGCAGAUAGUGCUCUUUUGCUCAAUGUGUCUACAACAGAUGGAGAUGAAGAGAGAGAUCGACCAGACAAGGGAAUGAUAAAAGCUGCCUCAAUGGAGCUACCAACCAGAUGCAGGAGCCCAGGUAGAUUGGAGGAUCGAGGCACACUACGAAGAAAGUUUGGAUCAGCUGAUGAAGAAUAUGCUCAGCGGUUAGAAAUGAUGAGACAGAGGCUAUUGAGGGGAGGUUCGGCAGAUGGAAAACUCAGUGGUCUUAGAGGCCCACUCAUAGAAACACUUUCUGUAGACAAGAAGCGAGCAGAGCAGAUAUCUAUACGCUCCCCAAGAAGUGAUCAGUCUUCUCUGAGUCCUAUUCCCGCCAUCAAACUAACCCGAGCUGCUUCCAGUGAGGCUGCGCCUGGUAGAGAAGCAACUGAAGAAAGAGUCUUAAGGAAAACCAGUUCCUUUUCUCACAGCGACACAGAGCCACUGGUCUUGCAUCGCAGGUCAGGGGCACCCCUAGAAAUACCUCUUGCUCAGUUAGAGGCACAGCGUCUUAAAGAGUCUCCCUCUCUUUCAGCAUUGACAGACCGAUUAGAAUCACGUCCUCAAACACCGCGAGAGAUGAUUCCCAAAUCUCUAACUCCAGAAGCACCGCAAUUGAAGGCAGAAAGUGGGGAGCCAGAAACUCAGAGUGAUAAGGAAGCUGAGAAGGGCACCACACCUCUUAUUCAGCAUCAUAAAGACAAAGACUCAAAUUCAUUGAAGGACUUGGUUAUUGUUCUUCCAAGAGUGACUCCACCUUUGGAUAAAAUGGCAUCUAAAACAGAGUUACCAAGUAUUCAAACAGAGAGGGCACAGGACAAAAUCCCUAGAGCAGAUGUGAACCUGCCAGCUACUACUUCAUCAAAUGAAACUGUGCCAACAAAGCCACCACCCUUACUUUUGCCUUCUAAGCAGUCUCUUUCUGUGCCACCUGAACCUUUACCCUCUUCAGUACUGACAAAUGAGAUGCCUAAAUCUAAAGAGGAGUACUCGUCAUCAAGGGCCAUUAAGGCCAAGGAAUCCAUAUCAAAAACAGAAACAACAGACCAGCAAGAUAAAAUUAAAGAACCUUUACCACAAGCUGUUGUUCCAUUACCAUUGCCUAUGCCAGCCUCCCAAGUGCUAAAACCUUCCACUGCAAAAGUACAGAUAGCAGAUUCUCCAACAAUGCCUGAGAAUGAUGCAUCACUUCCACAGAUAACAGGUAAAGAGAAACUAUCUUCUCCAGCUGUCCAACCAGUAGAUAAAACAGCAGCUAUAUCAUCACCUUAUGCUGCUAUGAUUCAAACACUUCAAGUGCCCGAGGAACCUGAGACAGUUGUUGAGGAAUGUUCAAAGGCCCCAUUAAAAGCUCAGCCAGUAUUUCAAGAAAUUCCUAUAGCCACUGGAGAUGCAAAGGCUCAAGGAAUAUCACAAGUAAACAAUAAAGAAGGCAAGGAUGAGCUAUCACAAGAACCCAAGCUGAUUAACACCAGAUCUUCCAGCACAGAGAAUGUCCCAUUUAUCAGCAACAUUGAUUCAGAAGAAAUCUUUGAGGCUAAGUUCAAGAGGAACCGUGAAAAUUCUCUUACCCGAGGUCUAAAAAAGCUUACCAGGACUUGGUCAGAGGAGAAGAAUUUAGCUGCAGCCCAUGCAUCUCGGGAAGAAGAAAUGUACAGGCCUAGUCCUGUGGGUGUCCCACUAGAGUUCCUUGUUCCUGCAGCUCUUGGGCUACAUGAAAGAUCAAGAUCAGUGCAAGAUCUGCCAGAUGCUGAGAGGGAUUCAAGCUUUAUGAGAAAGCUUUCUUUGAGAUUUAAGAAAACUCCACCAACUGAAAGGAAGCAGAAACCAGCAGAAGAAGUAGAAGGUACUGGUAGACGACUUUCAUGGUCAAUAGGUAGAGGAAGUUCCAAAGAUAAGAAGGAUACAGAGAGCCUGAACUCUGAAACAGGCUCAAUAGAAACCAUCACAGACAAACAUCUAAAGGACCAGAAAAAGAGUAGUCAAUCACCAGUGUUGGCCAUGAGAAAGAAAAUAGGCAGUACUAUGGAUCGACUUUCUAUGAAACUAAGGAGCCAAUCAGAAGAUAGAAGGGAUGCAGAGAGAACAGAGAAGAAAGAAGGGCGUACAGACAAAAGUUCUCCAUUAAUGUCUUUACUUAGGAGAUCCAACUCAGAAGGAGAGAACUUAAAGAAACUAGGUAUUCCCCAGAACCAACUUGCUUCCCAGGUUUCAGCUCCAUCAACUGAGUCUAUUGAAUCUGGUCUCAGCAUCAAAUCUGAAAUGGUAGUCAAGGAUGAUAGGCGCUCAAGGUGGGAUCGUUGGGGCCUGUCACGUAGCAAAAAGGAGAAGAUGACAUCGCAGCCAAGUAUUCCAGCCAGUCUGAUGCAUGAAGAUGGCAGUAUUGUUGGCAGACAAUACAUUCGUAAUGAGUCAGACUUCCCCCCAGUCUUCCAUAUCAAGCUGAAGGACAUCGUGGUGCUAGAGGGAGAGCCGGUGACUCUGUCCUGCUUACCUGCUGGCAGCCCUUCCCCCCAGAUCCUGUGGAAGAAAGAUAAGAUGUCCUUGGAAAGAGGAGAAAAGGUGCAUAUAAAAUCCUGCCCCGAUGGCAGACAGCAGCUCAUUAUUCCCGCCGCCGGGCAGAGGGAAGCCGGUCUGUAUGAAUGCGUAGCAGCCAAUGCCCUGGGCUCAGUGGCCAGCUCCUGCACAGUGUCUGUGGCAAGAAUACCUGAUCCCCCGGGGACCCCAGAGAUCCCACAGAAGUAUAAGAACACGGUGCUGGUUCUAUGGAAGACCCACGAGCACAACUCCCCUUGCACCUACAUCCUGGAGAAACAGGUUAAUGGUGAUGGGGAAUGGAAGGUUCUAAGUUCUGGAAUCACCGACUGUUACUUCAAUGUGACGGAGCUCCAGGAAGGCACUGUCAGGUUCCGCGUCGCUUGUGCCAACAAAGCAGGAAAGGGGCCCUACAGCAAUGUGUCCAAGACAAUUGUCGUAGAUGCAGAAGAUCGUAAGCCAGGAACACCCUCUGUCCAGAAGGCACGGCCCGUGGGAGCUGCAGUGUCCACUACUGUUCCAAUGACUCUCCGGACCCCUUCUACCCCAGCUGUUGCGCCCCCUGUUGUCUCUACCCCCAAAUUACCUCCAUCUUGUGGAUCUGCUCUUGCAGUUUCCUCAACAGUUAUCACUACAACCGCAACUGUGUCUCCAGCCCAGCCUCUCCCCAAAGGGCCUCCACCUGCAACUCCUCCACGGAAACACCGAGGGAUACUCUCCACUCCCCCAACCAUGCACAAGCCUGUCAUUGCCACCACUCUCAGUGCCGAUAUUACUCCCCAAACUCUGCCCAAUAACAGGGCUCCAUCUUCUGUGGCUCCUCCUGCCGUAUGUUCUCAUGUCUCCACGGUGACUGUGUCUAUGUCACCAGGUUCUUCGGUGACCCAUUUAAGGGCCCCCUUCUCUACCCCCAUGCAGAAACCUACCCCAGAACCAAUAACAAAACCAUUACCAGUGUCACAAGUACAAUCACCCAAAGCUCCUUCUGUGCCAACAGAGCAAACCCAGAAAAUUGCCCUUGCCCCGGCUGUUGCCCAGGUUAAAGCACCUUUUGUGCCAACUACUGCAAAAACUAACGAACCAUCACGUCUUCCAUAUAGUGUCCCUACGGAACCACAGAUGCCAUCACAGUUAGCAGCUCCAAAACUAUCUGCCAAGUCCCCCUCUGUUCCAAUUAUGCUGCACAUUCCCCCCUUUAAAUCAGCAACCCUACCUGCUUCCAGUCCCACUUCCAAAACCAUAUCUUUUCCCUCUCCUCCUACAAGCCCAGUAACCAAACCCUUAACACCUACCUCCCCAGCUUAUAUGGUCACUUCCUUUAUAUCAAUGCCUGUGCCUUCACCCUCUGUUGAGUCCUCCACUCCACCUACUCCACUUACCCCCAUCACCCCACCUACCCCCAUCACCCCACCUACCCCACUUACCCCCACCACCCCUCCUACCCCCAUUAGCCCCACUUCCCCAACCGCCCCAUUUACCCCCACUUCCCAAACUGUCCCUACACGGGUGAUAGUAAGAAGUGUCACCCCCGGGAAGGAUGCACGUUAUACACCCGGAGGAAGAGUCACACCCUCGGGGAGAGAAAGCACCACCCUCCGACAAGGGGUACCCCAAAAACCUUACACUUUCUUGGAUGAGAAAGCAAGGGGGCGGUUUGGAGUGAUCCGAGAGUGUAAGGAGAAUGCAACUGGGAAGCACUUCAUGGCAAAGAUAAUCCAGUACGAACCAGAAAACAAGCAAAACGUGCUGCAGGAGUAUGAGAUCCUCAAGGGUCUCCACCAUCAACGAAUCUUGAGUCUUCAUGAAGCUUAUAUUACCCCUCGCUACCUUGUGUUGAUUUCUGAAAACUGCACAGGACGGGAACUGCUUUACUGCCUAGUUGAGAGGUUCCGUUAUUCUGAAGACGACGUGGUCAAUUACCUCCUGCAGAUCCUACAGGGGUUGGAGUACCUCCAUGAACAAAAGGUCCUGCACCUCGAUAUCAAACCUGAGAACGUCAUUGUGUCCUACAUGAACACUGUCAAGAUCAUCGAUUUGGGGAGUGCCCAGAACUUUACACCGCUGGUCCUGCGACCCCUCGGCAAACGCAUAGGGACCCUGGAAUAUAUGUCCCCCGAAAUGCUCAAAGGUGACGCAGUAGGCCCAGCAGCUGAUAUUUGGGGUGUAGGCGUUCUGACUUACAUAAUGCUCAGCGGCCGCUCUCCGUUCUUUGAGCUGGACCCCGUGGAAACCGAGAACAAGAUCUUGUCGGGACGAUUUGAUAUCUUUAAAUUGUAUUCCAACGCCUCCCAAAGUGCUUCCCUCUUCAUUCGCAAGAUCCUGACUAUAUAUCCUUGGAGCCGCCCAUCACUUAAGGAAUGUUUUUCCAAUCCCUGGCUCCAGGAUGCCUACCUAAUGAAGCUUAGACGCCAAACCCUAACCUUCACCACUAACAAGCUCAAAGAGUUCCUCGUGGAGCAACAGAGGAGACGCGCAGACACAGCCACUAAGCACAAAGUCCUCCUUCGUUCGUACCACGGAAGCCAGCCCUCAGCUCCUGUCACUCAGUGACCUUCAAGAGCAGACUCUUUAUUAAAUAAGUUGGCCAAGAAGCCAUAGGAGCAUUCCACUGGAUCAUGGAGGACCCUCAGGGGUCUCAGGGAAGUCGGUCUGGCCAGAGAAGGAGACACAAGUCAUACCCUUUCUAUAUACAGAGAGGGUCCCUUACAAUCUACUGGGACAAGGAAUCCCAGAGAAGCCUAAGAAAAAAAGAAUAUUAGGUCAAUAUACCUCAAUGACAGCAGCGGAGUCUAAUAAAACUGAGGGGGAGGAAAUACUUGAAAAUGGGGUGCAUGAUGCAUGUGACAAACUCCCAACUGCCAACCCUAAGAAAAACUGGCAACCGCUUUAAAUGAUUCACCUAUGAUCUUAGCCGGAUGUGACCUAAGGUUCCACUAUGGGCUGCAGAGAUUUCUCUGAGUAACCGUGAUCUUGUUUUUCAAUUAUCGAUCCCCUGGUUUACACAAAUGCUAAUUUCCCAGAAACCGUCUGGCAUCCUGAAGGAAACACAGCAAGUGGUCUUAACGUUUAGGUGGGCAAAUGUUUAACUAAGGUGUUUUUCUUUUGUAUUUAGGCUAAUAAAACUUCCCUAGGUUGCUUAACAAAUAAAGUACGGUCAGGGCAGUCAUGCUACGUUCAGUUCUACUCGAGAAGUUAGCUCAGGAAUGGCUUCAGGAAGGCUGUGUCUUCCUACAUGAAAUACUUUCUCAUUACAGCCUUGUUGUCCCUUCCUGGAGGACUGGUUCCGGAAUGGCUACAUUAUAGCCAUGUUGUUCCUACCUAAGAGACUAGUACAGCAAUGGCUUCAUAACAGCCAUGUUGUUCCUACAUGAGAUAUUGGUUCAGGAAUGACUUCAAUACAGCCGUGUUGUUCCUACCUAAGAUACUAGUACAGGAAUGGCUUCAUAACAGCCAUGUUCUUCCAACAUGAGAUAUUGGCUCAGGAAUGGCUUCAUAGCAGCCAUGUUGUUCCUAUCUGAGGUAUUGGCUCAGGAAUGGCAUCAUAACAGCCAUGUUAAUCCUACCUGAGAUAUUGGCUCAGGAAUGGCAUCAUAACAGCCAUGUUGUUCCUACCAGAGAUAUUGGCUCAGGAAUGGCAACAUAAUAGCCAUGUUCUCCCAACAUGAGAUAUUGGCUCAGGAAUGACUUCAUAACAGCCAUGUAGUUCCUACCUGAGAUAUUGGCUCAGGAAUGGCUUCAUAAGAGCCAUAUUGUUCCUACAUGAGAUAUUGGCUCAGGAAUGGCUUUUUAACGGCCAUAUUGUUCCUACACAAGACACCGGCUCAGGAAUGGCUUCAUAACCACCAUGUUGUGGAUUGGUUUUGCUUUCCUGUGUGGGAAAAAAAAAGGUUCAGUAGUGGUUUAAUAACAGCCAUAUAAUUCCUUUCUAGGGAUGGUUUCCUAACAGCCAUGUUUUACUGUCUGAAAUACUGGCCUAGGAAUGGUCUCAUAACAACUCUGAAUACUGAAUAGAAAGUGUUGAUCAGCCUAGCACCUUAUUCCUCAUCCUUUGAGUUCUAGUGGAAACCCUCUGAGCUGUACUUGAAAGAUGAGAGAUACUUCAUUCUCUAAACUCCAAAAUAUUGUGCUUUAUGGUGGAGCUGCAGAAUAUCUAGGAGAUCUAAAGAUACUGAAUGUUACUGUAGGGAACUCGGAACAAAAGGGGUGAGCUUAGCUUUGGAGUCAAGUUGUGCGUCAAACUCUGGAGUUGCAUUUCUACGGUAUAGCAAAGACUGGCACGGCAAUGGGCAUGGCAAUGUGCCCCGCACAGGGACAGUAAAGGCAAAUACACAGUGGAGCAUAGGUUGCUUCCCACUGACCCCAAUGCUUUCUGUUUCUUUGCUUUAUUUGUUACUUGGCAUUUAAGAGUGUCUAUGGCACCCAAGGAAGCAUGGCUUGUAUGGCACCUUGGCAAUGCAGAGGUGAAACCCAAACAUUGUAGAGAUAAACUCUGAAAUCCCAAGCUGCUCUCACUAGAUAAUUAGGUUAUUUCCGCGGGACACAGCCGUGACGCUCACAGUAAAGGGAAAGAAAGACUAGAGAUGUAUCGUUGGGAGAGAGCAGAUGGAUGUUAGUUAUAGACAAUGCUAUUCCAGCAGGGAAUACUAUGGGAAAAGGUGAAUGUUAAUGGGAAAUAUUAUUGGCCAGCACAAUGUGUUGGGCACUGCCAGGUACCUAGAGUUGAAACAAGAUGUACCCACUGGAGAGUAGGAGGCUCUGCAGAUCCAGGGGUGAAAGGGCUAAACGAUUCAGCUCUGGGGGGGUCAAACUAACUUGAAUGCUCCCCUCUCUGAGUUUGUACAUUUGGUGGGGGGGGGGUCUCUCCCCUAAAGCUGCUCUUGAGUUGUUUAUUUAUUCUUUCAUUCUGAGUAGAUUAUUUUUUUCUUUUAUUUAUUCACCUUGUGUUGCUUUCUUUGUGUUUUGUCUUUUUUCCCCCUUUUUUUUUUGGUGUGGAAAAACCUUCAAAUAAAAUAAAAAAAAGACGCACGACCCCA